AUGGAAGAAAUAGGAUAUUUCAAUGUUGACAUGCUUUGCAGUCCAAAACACCUGCAGCGAGAGCCAAAGUUGGCCCCGUGUUUGCAAAAGUUGGUCCAAAGAAGCCAGCAUGUCCCCAUUGUUGUCUUUCCAGGGAAGCCGAAGGUCUACCAAGGGGUCCGGGUCAAGAUCACGGUCAAGGAGCUUCUGCAACAACGGAGAGCCAAGCAAGCCGUGGCCGAGGAUCCCGUUUGCAGAGAGAGCUGUGCCACCGAGGUCCAGUUCACCGAGUCUUUCUCUCCUCCUUGCGCAGCUCCUUUUGCAGAUGCGGAUCUCGAGCAGUCCUCUUCCACCUGCCUCCAGCCUUGGCCCUUCCAAAACUGCCUCACCUGUGAAGAAAUUCCCAGUUACCUGGAGCAACUGGUGGACUCCUGCCUCCAGACGGAGCCAGUCCUGGAUCCCGCUUUGCCUUUGGCCCAGGGACACCUCACCUGCCCGCCCGGCGGAUACCAGCCCGGCCCACCUCCUUGCCUGGUAAUCAUUUCCUUGGACAACCCAAUGGUGAGUGUUUCCACUCUUCUUUUCCAGGGCACGGGAUCUCCGGACUCCUCGGAUCCGUCCAGCUCCUUCGAGUACAGCUUCUCCCCGCCACCACUGCCUCCUUUUGCUCCCAUCGACUACCACGACUCCACUUCUUCCUCUCUGGAGGCCAAGAGUUGUAUGUACCCAUCUCUGGAGGAGAGCUCCUACCCGCUGCCUCCCCACGUACAAUACAACCACGUUCCCGCUCCCUGCGGAUGCACGUCCUGCGGCUCCCAGCACUUGGACACUUUCCGGGUCUCCGAAUGCUUCCCUUACGCAAACGCGGACUGUCGGGAAUACGUCCCGUCCGUCUCGGUGGCAGACGACUUCUUCCGAAGAGAUCGGAGCUGGGACGCCUGCUAUAGUUAAUCUGGAAGCAUUACUGUAUAUAUAAUACAUACACAACUAAGUAAAUCCACAGACUUGCAGUUGCCUUUUCAAGUGGCAAAACACUGAGCAUCUCACUUGGAGCCGAAAGGCGCAAGUUUCCAAAAUUCAAUGUGUUGUCGAAGGCUUUCAUGGCCGGGAUCAUAGGGUUGUUGUAUGUUUUCCAGGCUGUAUGGCCGUGUCCUAGAAGUACAGUAGAGUCUCACUUAUCCAACGUAAACGGGCUGGCAGAACGUUGGAUAAGCGAAUAUGUUGGAUAAUAAGGAGAGAGUAAGGAAAAGCUUAUUAAACAUUAAAUUAGGUUAUGAUUUUACAAAUUAAGCACCAAAGCAUCAUGUUAGACAACAAAUUUGACAGAAAAAGUAGCUCAAUACGCAGCAAAGCUAUGUAGUAAUUACUGUAUUUAAGAAUUUAGCACCAAAAUAUCACGAUGUAUUGAAAACAUUGACUACAAAAAUGCGUUGGAUAAUCCAGAACGUUGAAUAAGCGAGUGUUGGAUAAGUGAGACUCUACUGUAUUCUCUCCUGACGUUUCGCCCUCAUCACCCUGGACUUUCCACAGAUAUAUAUAAACCUUCCUUGCUUAGUUUCUCCAUACCUCAUAACCUCUGAGGAUGCCUGCCACAGAUGUGGGCGAAACGUCAGGAGAGAAUGCUUCUGGAACAUGGCCAGACAGCCCAGAAAACAUACAACAACCCUUUCCAAAAUUCACCUGUCAUAAAAUAAACUAUUCUCUCUUUGACUGUGAGUUUUCCGGCCUGCAUGGCCAUGUUCCAGAAGCAUUCUCUCCUGACGUUUCGCCCAUAUCUAUGUCAGGCAUCCUCGGAGGUUGUGAGAUCUGUCGGAAACUAGGCAACCUGAGGCCAUUUAACAACCGGGGCCAUUUUAACACAUCCCCACAGGCAGUAAGCAGCCAGGCUUUGAAGCUGCAAGGCCGUUCAAUGCUAAUCAAGGUGAUCAAUUGCAACAUUAACACUUGACACAAACAGACUUUGUCCCACCCUGGACAUUAUUCCACAGAUAGAUAUAAAACACCCCACUUGCCUAGUUUCCAACGGACCUCACAACCUCUGAGGAUGCCUGCCAUAGAUGUGGGCAAAACGCCAGGAGAGAAUGCUUCUGGAACAUGGCUAGACCACCCAGAAAACUCACAGCAACCUAGUGAUUCCUCUGCCUUCCCAACUAUUGCUGGAGAAAGAGUUUUGUGAAACUAGAAGGAAGGCACAGAAAAACAGAGCUUCCCAAUGUCAUGAAUACACGCUCCAUGCGCUUCUGCUCUGAUCACAUAAUAAGCCAUUGCGUUGCCACUGCAAAUCUGUCCUUCACUUGGCCUUUGCUUUGCUUUUGGGAGCCUUCAUUUCAGGCACAGAUACUUUAACGCCACGCCACACUUAUUUCUUCUGCCCUUCUUGUAUGUUUAAGUUGUCCAAUAAACUAAUACCAGCCA